CGUACUCGCGACCUUCACUUCCGGGUCCGCCAUUUUGUUGCCUCCAUUUCUCCACGAGGGGGGGGUAAAGGCCCCCAAAAUAUGCAUACAUGAAAAGGCCAUAAAAGUAACCGUCAUUGACAGGGAGUUUUUAAUUAGAGGAGAAAACGAGACCAAACUGGCGGGCUCGGUGAAAGCGCGGCCGGCAGCGUCCGGGACGAGGAGAUUCAAGGCUUUGUGCGUGCCAGGCAAGCACUCUACCACUGAACUACAUGUCCAGUCCUUCACACUCUUAUCAAAACAAGAACAAUCAAGAAACAAACCAAAAGAAGAAAAGAGAACAGUGUCCGAUUCAAGCCACCUGCAAACCUCUGUUCCUAUGCAUGAAGAUGUCUCUAGUGGACUUGGGGAAGAGGCUGCUAGAAGCAGCAAGGAAAGGCCAAGAUGACGAAGUGAGGACCCUGAUGGCAAACGGUGCCCCAUUCACCACAGACUGGCUUGGAACAUCUCCACUGCACCUUGCAGCCCAAUAUGGUCACUACUCCACUGCAGAAGUACUGCUUCGCGCAGGCGUCAGCAGGGAUGCUCGUACUAAAGUGGACAGGACCCCUCUGCACAUGGCUGCGGCUGAUGGACACGCACACAUCGUUGAGCUGCUUGUUAGGAAUGGUGCAGAUGUGAAUGCCAAGGACAUGUUGAAGAUGACAGCCUUGCACUGGGCCACAGAGCACCAUCAUCGGGAUGUAGUAGAGUUGCUUAUCAAGUAUGGAGCUGAUGUCCAUGCUUUCAGCAAGUUUGAUAAGUCAGCUUUUGACAUAGCCCUGGAGAAAAACAACGCCGAGAUUUUGGUCAUUCUCCAGGAAGCAAUGCAGAGUCAGGGCACCGCUAACCCUGAGAGAGCCAACCCUGUGACCAGCCCCGUGACUGUGGCUGCUCCAUUCAUCUUUGCUUCAGGAGAGGUGGUUAACUUUGCUAGCCUCGUGUCUUCAGCCAACGCCAAAACAACCUCAGGUGGCCCCCAUGCCUCAACAGUACAGUUCUCAAAUUCUACCACCUCAGUGCUGGCCACGCUGGCCAGCCUCGCCGAGGCAUCCACUUCCCUCUCCAACUCACACAGAGCCACAGCCAAUUCAGAGGAAAUCAUAGAGGGAAAUUCUGUUGACUCAUCAAUUCAGCAAGUGGUGGGGAAUGGAGGCCAGAGAGUCAUCACCAUAGUGACUGAUGCAGUCCCUCUGGGUAACAUCCAAACUGCCAUCCCUGCCGGAGGCCUUGGCCAGCCGUUUAUCGUAACUAUGCAAGAUGGACAGCAAGUUCUAACUGUACCUGCUGGUCAGGUUGCAGAGGAGACUGUAAUUGAGGAGGAAGAAGAAGAAGCAGAGAAAUUACUAGUGACAAAGAAACCAAGGAUGGGAGAGAUAACAAAUAGCGUGGAGGAAAGUAAGGAAGGCAGCGAACGAGAGUUACUACAACAGCAACUCCAGGAGGCCAAUCGGAGAGCCCAGGAGUACUGGCACCAGCUCCGCCAGAAAGAGCAGGAAGCAGAGCAGUACCGCCGCCGGCUGGAGGCCAUGGCCCAGCAGCAGUCCAACGGAGUUGACUUCACCGUGGUUGAAGAGAUAGCCGAAGUAGAUGCUGUAGUCAUCACAGAAAGGGAGGAGGAAGGAAGAGAGACAGAAGUGAUUAGUUCGGGAGGUACCACAGAGCCUCAUGCAGGAGUUUCUAUGGAAACUGUUCCAUCUUAAUAUGCAAGAUCCACAGCUUGCACUGUGUUCAUCUUACUCCUCUUUUAAGAAGAAAAUGCAUCCAGGAAUGGUGGCACAUGUGUGUAAUCUCAGCUACUUGAGGCUGAGUCAGGAGGAUUGGAAGUUCAAGGCCAGCAUGGACAACUUAGUGAGACCCUGUCUCAAAAAAUUUUUAAAAGGGCUUGGGUGUAGCUAGUUGUAGACUGCUUGGCUAGCAUAUGCAAGGCACUAGGUUCAAACCUUAUUGCCACAAAAGGAGGAAAAAAUAAUACAGAAUGCAAAUGCUAUAUAAAACCUGAGAGUGUCCUUAACUAAAGAAGCUGGAGGUGAAGGUCAGUGGUAAACACUUGCCUGUCAUGUACAAGGUCCAGGAAUGACCCUCAGCACUGGAAGGAAAGAAAGCCACCAAACAACAACUAUAGCAGGAAACAGUGCGUGGGCCCAGGGAGGCUCUGUAUGCAACUGGAAAAUUUGAGGUCAUAUAUAAGGAAUACUUUCUCUAAGGAACCAAAAAAGGAAAGACCAAAUUUCUCAGUUCACAUCACUGCUUUAAACAUAGAGAUACGACUGCUAAUAUUGUGGGUUAAUUAUUUUUUAAAUAACUUUCUAUUAAAAGCUUUUUGAGAUAACAUUCCUAAUACAUACACACCAAAAGUCUGUAAUAAUUAUAUCAUCAAGUGACCUAAAAAUUUGCCUUAAAUUUAUGAAAUUAAUUUGGAGGGAGCUUAGAAGCAGACUUUGGGGAAAAGAACUACUGUAUUCUACUUCUAAAUGAGCAGGACUCUUAACUAUCCUGAGUUAAUUUCCUGAAAAGAAAUUUAAUGAUCCCCUUACAAGUUUGUGUCAAUUAUGUAUCCAUAGCUCUGAUCCCAGUUGACAAAACAAAAGUAGCUAGGCAUGGGUAUAUGUACCUGUAAUCCCAACUACUAUAAUCCCAACUACUAGGAGGCUGAGGCAGGAGGAUUGCAAAUUAGUGGCUCCCUGGGCAGUUUAGGGAGACUAUUUCAGAAUAAAAGGCUGGGGAUGUAGCUCAGUGGUGAACACCCCUGAGUUCAAUCUCUAGUGCCACCACCACCACCCCCCAAAAAAGAUGAGGGCAUAGCUCAGUGGGAGAGCAGGUAUGGUGAGUGUGGGUACUUAGCAUACAGGGUCCUAGGGUCAAGGAAAAAAGAAAAACCUGAAAUUGAAUUUUUAAAAACUAGAUAGAAGCUAGGCAUGGUUGCACACACCAGCAUUCAGGAGGCUGAAGUAGGAGGAUUGCUGAGAGUUCAAGGCCAGCCUGGGCUACAGAGUUUGUUAAAGGCCAGCCUGAAUUAUAUAGCAAGACCCUGUGUUAAAAAAAGAGAGAAAACUAAAUAGAAAUCUUAUUUGUGUCGAAGAAGUAUAUAUAAAACCCAAAUCCCCAGGCUGUAUUUCCAGAGUGCUGGAAAAUGGCUGAAAAGAGGCUUACAAGGUUAUGAAACUCUGAGCUUGACAUACUGACUUUGCACUGGCUGGAUUUUAUGGAACUGUAGUUAGGCGGGAGUCUGUUGUCAAAACUACUUGCUUCCAAACAUUUUAUGAGACCUUGUGGAAUUUUUAUGUCACUUAGGACAUUUGCUUUUCUGUGUAGCGUCUACCCUCUUAAAUGCAGGGAAAAAAGAAUGACAGUUUUGUUUCUGUUUGAUUCAGGAGAAGUAAGUUGCUGCUUUGUAAGCUCAGGUCUCAAAUAGAACUUUGUGCCUUACCGUGCUCCGUGCAUGUUGGCAGAGGAGCAGCUGCCAGUGCUGUGAUGAGAGGACGGAGGGGUCUGCCUCACCGCUGCCUCCAUCCCUGCUUCCAUUGUGCCUGCUCUCUACCCAGGCUUGGGAAGUGUUUCCGUGUGGGCUUUCUUCAUGUCAUGAAGUUUUUUCCAAAGAAAAGGGUGUCAGGUGGAGAGCAGUGCAAGAGGUCACCUUGCACAUGUCACUGCCCUUAAACUUGGCCUUCAUCACCGUGUACCUGCUGGCCGGCCUGUUUUGUUGUAAAUUAGAAGGAAAAACCAGAAAGAUGUGUCCAGUAAACAUCUAAGGGACUGUUUAGAAUAUAGUUUUCUUAGUUAGCAAUUGUGAAGAAAACAAACAUUUUUGGGGGAAAAAAAUUGAUGGUUAACAUAGUUCUGUUUACCAUGAUUAAUAAUUCGCUGCUGUAUUGCAGAGGUACGGAAUCUUUUGGGGCUCAAAAUAGACUGAAAAUGUAAUUCCCCAAACCAGAUUUGAGAAGAGAAUUUGCUGUUAGAAUUUUUGAAAUUAUUCUUGGCCCUGGUUACCUUGGGCUUCCUUCAAGGUCUGGGUACCUAGCACAUCAGCUGAUCAGAGACUGACCUGGGCUGCAGAGGAUGACAGAUGAGGGUAAAGGUGAAACUGGUCUCUGCUGCUAGGUCUCCCUGUUUGUUUGUAGUGUUUUCUUUUUUGGCUCCUUUUGGGAACCAGGUGCUAACAAUAAGUUGUUGUGCAUUGCAUUUCAAAACUUAGCUUAACAGUUGAGGGACCAAAUAUCACUUUAGAUGUCUUUUAUAUUCCUGAUGCAUGUGCUGACUUUAAAACCCCAACCCAGUUAAAGGAGUGGAGGUUUACUCAGUAGAAGAUGUCGAAGCUCAGCCACCUCACACUCUGGAGUAGUUACUGAUUGGGGGCGGGGGUGUCCUUUUUUUUCUUUUAAGACAGGAUUUUGCUAGGAGUUCAGGCCAGUCUUGAAUUGUGACAGUCAUCUUGCCUCAGCCUCCAAAAUGGAGAAUGUCCAUCCAAUGCUUCCUUCUAAGCAUACAGAGUCCCCAUUUUGGGGGAACUAUUUAGCAGUUCGCAUUACUCUUUCUAGAGAAGAUUAUCUUCCCAUCCUAUUCCCCAAAAUUCUCUUAUACAAGCCAAGUCAUUCUUCAUGAUAAAGGCUCUGAGAGAUGGUUUUGUCAGAGGAGAAGCUCAGAUAGGGAGGGACAGAGGAGAAAUGACAGAAAAGGGAUGGACAGGAAAAGGAUAUUCAUAUUUGGGCCAGGGAUUUAGCUCAGUGGCAGAAAUGCCUGCCUGGCAAGUGCAAGGUCCUAAAUUCAAUCCCCGGUCGUCACCCCCCCCCACCGCCAAAAAAAAAAAGGAUAAAGGAUAUUCUUUUUUUAUUUACUUGGAGUCAUCCUGGUAGCAUUCCAGAAAAGAGAAGUAAAUUUGAUCUUCAAUUGUAUUGCCACAGUAGAUCAGAUGCUUUGACACAAUUACAAAUUAAAUACUAAAUUAAAUACCAGGUGUGGUGAUGCUUGCCUGUUAUGGGAGCACUCAGGAGGCGGAGGCAGGAGGAUCACUGGGAGUUUGAGACCAGCCUAAGCUACAAAGUGAGUUCAAGGCCAGCCUGAACUGCACAGUGAAACUGUGUCUCAAAAAGACCAAAAAAGCCCUUAUGGUGGCUCAUACCUGUAAUUCCAGCACUCUGGGAGGCUGAGGCAGGAGGAUCGUUGCGAGUUUGAGACCACCCUGGGCUACAAAGUGAGUUCAAGGCCAGCUUGAACUGCAUAGCGACAGCCUGUCUCAAAAAGACCAAAAAAAAAAUAAUAAUAAUGUGUUUCUCCAGUACUACCUUAUGAUUUUAUGUAUCUUUCUGAAUUAGUUGUAAAAGUUGGGAAAACAUGGCUUAGAUCUGGGUUGGCUGGUUUAUUGGUAAGGUUGGAUUAUUACAAAUCAUGUAACACAAAUGGUGCAGAGUUGGUGUUUGAGCAGGAGAAAUUUGGAGCUUAGGAUAUUUAUGUUAAAGCUAUAUUAGCAAUAUCUUAGCAAUGUCAGUAUUACUAUUAGGAGUUUUAGAAUCUACACUUGCAUUGUGGUCUUGUGCCUUUCCCCAAGAAAAAAAGAAUUUUAUGUUUCCUUUCUUAUUCCUAGGUUCAGGGAAUCUAGCUAUAAAAGUCUGAGUGCCUGCUCCCCUCCUGUUACUACCUCUCUGGGAUCUCCUAAUUAUAGUCAAGAGUUGAGGUUCCAUGACUGAAACAUGGGGGAACUCAGCUGUAGGGUUUUCUUUUCUUGCCAGGGAUUGAACUGAUGACCUCACAUUUGCCAGGUAGGCGCUUAUGCUGCUGAGCUAAAUCCCCUGCCAGGUUCUCUCUGUUUUGAACUCAGUGCCUUAAAAGACGUUCUUUCUCUGUCAGAUACAGACUUUGUUACUUUUUUCCUUUGCAUUCCCCUCUUUUUCAGCCUUACUCCUAUACCCUUAAAAUGUUUGUGUUUGUCAGUAAUAUUAAAGUUUAUAGCAAAUAAAACACAUUUUUCUUUAUAUCACUGUCAAACAAUGAUUUUACCAGAGGUUUCUGCAGUUGAAAUUACAUAUUGUUACAAGCAGGGUAGUUUUUAUAUCCCUUUUCUAUGUUAGUAUAUGUUUGUAAAUUUUUGAAGUUUUUCUACUUUUCUCUUUAUUUGAAGUUUAGCUGUAAAGUACCUGGUAUAACCUGGAGAGUUUUUACUUGUUAAACACAUAAAAAGGUUUCUACCAGGUGUGUGGCCUAUAGUCCCAGCACUUGGGAGACUGAGGCAGGAGGAUCCCUGUGAGUUUGAGGCCAGCCUGGGCUACAUAAUGAGUUCAGAGCCAGCCUGAACUGCAUAGUGAAACCCUGUCUCAAGAAACAAAUUUUUCUUGGGAUUCAGUGAACAGGGUAAGGAAGCAAACCCAUUCCUUCACCCCUCUGUGGGAUGUGCAUCAGCAGGCAGCAUGCCCAGGAAGGGCCAGUACCUGGCUCUAAAGGCAGUUUGUUUAGCAGGAAUUACGGUGACAUCACAUGUGCCUCAUCAGCCACAGAGACAGCGCAGUCCCUUCAUGCCUGCAGAAACAAUUGCUCCUACACUUAUGAACAGAAAAGAAACUCCAAAUACUGGGUCAUGGUGGCAGAAAGUUACAUCCUGUACAUCUACAUUCCUGGACUAGAAAUCUCACCAUUUUGAGGAAGGUAUUCCUUUCCAGAAAGCUUGUGCUAACAGUGUUAGGGACUUCCAAAGCUAGAGGAUCUGAGGCAUUUGGUAAACUCUUCCUAGAAGAGUUCCCCAAUGGGAAUGAGUUUUUGAAGAAUGGCUUUCCAUUCUCUGGUCCUUGUGCAGAUCUGGACAACUAGGAAAGCAGCUUGCAGACUGAGCCCGUGUGGAUACAGCUCUCAUCUAGCUGCAUUUUACAAGAUUCGCUCCUUUCUGAGUUAGCACUCUGUUUCCUGUGCCAGUUAGUUUAGAGACAGGAGCCAGAAGAAUGUGAAUUAGGGUUAAAUAGUUUGGAGCCUUUGCUGCUGCUUUUCCCCACCAGGAGACACAGUGCAGUUUGGCUUGUUUCUAGCGGGAGAUUGUGACCCCAUCUCACUCGCCCUUCCUCUGGCCCACGUCCACUGCCUGACUCUGCUGUGCCCUUGAAUUUCCCCCAGCACUGGAGCUUAAUUAGAGGCCCCUUCUAGGCCUGGGCCUUAUCUCUCUUCCCUCUACCCCCUCCCUCCUCACACAGAUCUUGUUUAUUCUGGUGGGUUUGUUUCUGACUGCCAGGUUAUACCCUCGCUGUGGCUGUGCUCCCAGUUGGCUCCAAGAUCUUCCUGCAGAGAUGACGGCAGAUGGCUACAGCGCUUUCUGCUCCCCGCCAAGGCCAAUGGUUGAGGAGGGACAGAUUCUUUCCAUGGUGUCCUCUGUUUUUCAGGUUGCCUGACAGCUUUAUGUACAGUGUGUAAUUAGGAAAAUUUAAAUGUACUUUUUUUAUUGAGGGUACAGUUUGACUUUUAUGAACAAGUUUGUGUGUAUGAACAUUUAUAUGUACAUAUACCUAUAAAGAUCUAUAUUAUAUAUACAAUUUUGUACUAUCAUUUAAAAUAAAGACGUUUCUUAAUAAAAUAUCGAAGUCUUA